GAUCCCGCAGGACAGAGAAACGAGAGGCGCAGUGAGCAGCUGCAGCUUCUCCUCAGCCCGGACCCCGGACCCAGGACCCCGGACCCAGGACCCAGGACCCCCCGCUCCGCCCGGACCCCCCCGCUCCGCUCUCUCCUCCACAGCUGAGCCGCGCGCCUCCGGACAGGAUGUCGGACCUUCCCAUGAACGACCACCUCGAAGGCAUUCUCUCAGACUUUGAAGCACUGAAAAGAUCUUUUGACGCUGAAGAUGCUGACGACACCCCGUCCUUCUCGCCUGCCUCCCCUGUGCCCACGCCCAUCUCGCCCUCUUCCUGCCACUUCGGACGAUCUCCUCCUUUUACCUUCAACAACAAGAGCCUGGGUUCUUCGGUCCAUCCUCACCCCCACCUGGGUUCCAGGCCCAGCCCCGUGCUUAAAUCCCGCGCUGUGGCCAGCAGCUUGUCCUUCAACCGAGGAACCGCCAACAAGCCGUCCGUCCACAACAACGGCGCCUCCGUGACCAGAGCGGCGUCCUUCCAGAGCAGGCUGAACCCCAGCGCCUUCUCCAUGCUGUCGGGGCCCGGGAGCGACGACGACAGCCUCCACAGCUCCACGUCCAGCCUGGAGUACUCCGGGCUCGGCGGCUACACCCUGCCUCUGGGCAGGAUGGGGUCGUACCACAGCCCUCAGCCCCAGCGCGAGUACCGCGGAGCUCCGGACGCCAGCGUGAAGAAGGCCUCCUGCCAUGGGAGCGUUUUCAGCUCGGAGGCCGGCCAGAGGCAGGCGCUGCUGCAGGGGGUCCAGGAGCCACGGGGGGUGAACCACGGCUCCGUCUCCAUUCACGACAUCCACAUUCCUGGCGGAGUCGAUGCAGCCGGGACGCAGAAGGGUGCUGUGAAGUACCGCGAUGCCAAUGCCAACUGGAAUGGCCAUCUGAGUAACAGCAAUGCUUUUGGGGAAGAGCGGUACGGCGGCUUCAGAAAACUCUCCCAGCAGCAAGACCCUCGAGCCCCGAAGCCCUCCCAGCCCAGAGCCAAAGAAACCCCCCGCCUCAACAAGUUCCCUCUGGAUCUGGACAGUCUGGUCAACAGCAUGUCCCCCUCUUCACCCACCAGCAUCGAGGUGGUACCCAUGAGCCCCUCCCACCCAGAUCCAGCGUCCAGGAGCUCAGGGGGGGCCCAGCAUCACUUUGACCCUCCGUCCAGUGCCGCCAGCCCGUCGGCCUCCCUCAGCAGCCUGGACAGCUCCUCUGACACAGCGCCUCACCCCUUUCACCACCCCUUCUCGAACUUCUCCCCGUGCUCCCCCUCUCAGAGCUCCAGCUCUGUCCCAGAGAUGAUUGCCUCCCAUGUUCCUCUCUCCCCGGCGCAGACCUUCCAGCUGGACAUCCUGCCGAGGCCCCAGGUGGUUCAGGUCGUCCCCACCCUGCCCAGUCCCUCCAGUUCGUCCAGCACGUCCAGCCUGAGAGCCGUCGGCUCUUUGGAAGACGGAGACGACGAUGCCGGAGAUUCCGUCGGCCUGAUCUUACAGCGGAUUGCCUCUUUCUCCUGGCCGGCCCCCACCGACGGUCCGGCCAGCGGCCUGACCCCGUCCCCCGGUGUCCAAAGCAGCAGGGAGUCCACAACCACGUUGGGAGUUCCCGCAUGGAGACAGGAAAAGAAGGAACGGGAAGAAUCCGCCGGAGAGUCGGAGACAGACCGGUCGGCCCCGAUGGAGGAGAGCGGCGAGAAGGAGAGGAGGAUCAUGGCGGACGAGCCGCAGGACGAGGUGAAGGGCGAAGAACACCAGGAAGAGAAGCACACCAUGGAGGAGGAGGGGAAGGGGAAGGAGAAGGGCACUGACGAAGGAGAGAUCCAGAAGGAGUUCCAGCUGGAGGCGGAGCUGAAGGUGGAGGUCGUCCCGGCGGCGCCCGGCCUGCAGGGCCUGCAGGGCGGCCUGGUCCGGGGCGCCGACCUGUUCGGCUACGUGGGCAUCGAGGCCGUUCUGGACCAGAUGAGGCGCAAGACCAUGAAGGCCGGGUUCGAGUUCAACAUCAUGGUGGUCGGUCAGAGCGGUCUGGGGAAAUCCACACUGGUCAACACUCUGUUCAAGUCCAAGAUCAGCCGCAAGUCCUGCUCAGCGAACUACGAAGAGAAGAUCCCCAAAACAGUCAAACUGCACUCAGUCAGCCACGUGAUCGAAGAGAAGGGAGUGAAGAUGAAGCUGACGGUGGUCGACACUCCGGGGUUCGGAGACCAGAUCAACAAUGAGAACUGCUGGGAGCCCAUCGUGGAGUACGUCAACGAGCAGUACGAGAAAUACCUGCGAGAGGAGCUGCAUGUGACCCGCAAGAGGAGGAUCCCCGACAGCAGGGUGCACUGCUGCAUCUACUUCCUGCCUGCCACCGGACACAGGUUACGUCCCAUCGACGUGGAGUUCAUGAAGAGGCUGGGGAAGAUCGUGAGCAUCGUGCCGGUCAUCGCCAAGGCCGACACGCUGACGGUGGAGGAGAGGCAAGACUUCAAGGAGAGGAUAAGAAGAGACUUGGCAGCCAACGGGAUCGGAGUUUAUCCCCAGGCAGAGUACGACGAGGACGCAGAGGAGCGACUGCUCAACGACAGGAUCCGGGAGAGCCUUCCCUUCGCCGUGGUGGGAACCGACAAGGAGCACCAGGUCAACGGGAACAAGGUCCUGGGCCGCAAAACCAAGUGGGGGAUCAUCGAAGUGGAAAACGUGGCGCACUGCGAGUUUGCCAACCUGAGAGAUCUUCUCAUCAGGUCUCACCUGCAGGACCUGAAGGAAGUGACGCACAGCAUCCUGUAUGAGAAGUACCGCGUCCGGCGGCUCAACGAGAGCAACAUCACCUUCAGCGAACUGGGACUGUCCGCCUGGCCUCUGGAGAACGGGACUGACAAAAACGAGUCGGACAGCCACCUCUGAUGGCCUUCCUCCUCCUCCUCCUCCUCAGAGUCCCAUAGGGGAACCAGGACGGGGUUUUUAUGAUCUUUAACGAUGGGACUCAGUAGCGGAAAUGAAUGAAAUGUGUUUUUGAAGGUCAGCAGAACAGAGUGUGACACCGUGAACGGAGGAAAGAGCAGGACCAGAGCCUGGGUCACUAAUCCACCCAUCAGUCCCUCCUCUGUUGGGAGGAUCAGAUCUACCAGGUAUCAACAGCUUCCUUGCCGUAGCCUCACUUUCAUCGCCGUGGCUUAUUUUAUAUUCACGUUUCUGCCUGGAAAUUAAAAUAAAAUACAGCCAGUAAGGUUAGUCUGGUCUGCUGAAGGUAGAAGCCUUGAAGCCUUUAAGAACGGAGGAUGGCGUGGUCAAUCUGUGGAUUCUGACGGCUCCACGGCAGACAGACGCCGCUCAGAAACUCUGCAGUGAUUCUGGUGAAGGCGUUUCCCCAGCUGGCCCACCACGGCUUUAGUUUGUGGACCUUAUGAUACAGAUAGGAUUCAGAUUUAUGAACACAAAUUAACAUGAAUAAAAAACAAAGUGUGAAGAGAAGCUCAAGCCUCUAAAAUCCGUGUUUGCUCACAGCUGAUCAGCAGCAUUUCAGCUCCACCUGAACCUGAACCUGGUACAGAGAUCAUAUCAAGCACAUUUCGAGAACCGGAAGAUGUUGUGUCGUUUUGUUCUCCACGCUGCUUUCUGUGCAUGUGGGUGAGGAAAGGUGCCUGAGCAGCCUCGCCGUUCACUUCCUGAGGAUUUUCACACUCAUCUAUCAUGUUGGGAUGAAAACAGAGGAAAUGCUGACUACAACUUAUUUUAUUACUUUAAUUUGUUUUCAUUAACAUCACCUUACAUUCAGUUCUACAAGUGUGUGUUAAUGAAAUAAAUAUUAGUUUUUAUUCCUUUUUUUUAAAUCAUGAUUCAUUGUUUAAAAAAAACAUGAAGAGAUACUGAGGCAUGCUGGGAAAAACCGUCCACUUCCUGUAGUUUAGCGAACUUAAAACCUCCUCUAGAAACUUCUGCUGAGGAGUUCAUCUCUGAAACCAGGUUUCUGUUUUGUUAAAACACUUCAGAGUGGAGCUGGUUUCAGUGAGCUGAUUAAAGAGAAUUGAUCACAUCCGGGUCGGUUUCUAUAUGCAGACGACUCGUCUUCGUCUCCAGCACAGCUUCUCUUCUUCCUCAUUUUUCAUCCUCCUGAGCCGCUGCUGUCCGGAGUCUUUUCCUCUCAGGCUCAUUGGAACAACAUGCUUUGAAAACAAACUGUUAACCAAGCUUUAACAUAACAGGAGACCGUCGAUGAAAAUCCAGCUGCAGUCUGUGGGUCAGUGGGAAACGCCUUCCCAGCAUGCUUCAGUCCGUCUGUCAGUCUGUUAGAAAUAUUAUAAAGUGGAAGCUGAAACUACUAGUUAGUUUAUUAAAACAUUGUUUAGAACAGAGUUUAUUUUAAUUAUAAUCUAGAGGAAAUAAGAUAAUGAAAUGAUUCUCGGUGUAAAAACAAGACUUUGAAAUCCUCCCUCGCGGUUCCUGACCACGUCAUGUGACGUGUAGAGACUUCAGGUGAAUGUCGGACGAGCCAUCCCCUGAAACUGUCCGGCCUGUUUUCCCGUCCGCUCCGCUCUGCUGCCUGUAAUCCCCUCAUGUUGAUCUGAAUUGAUAGCAGAUUUAGGGAAGUGAAUGAUGAAGCCGUAGACGUCCGGGAGGCCCGUUGCUUGUUUCCGUCAGAGUUUAUUAGCCUUUCUGUUUGAUUCCCGACUGACCGUCGACACUGGAUAGACCUGAUACUGACGCUGUUGAUGUGCUGAAGCGUGUUUAGGAGAAAAACAGUGUUUAAGAUGCUUUUCAAAAGCUUUCAGUCUAUAUUAAAGUGCCAAAAGUAUAGAAGUACAUGAGCAGUGUUGUUUCUUCUGUUUCUUUCACUCAUUUGUUCCGGUUUUCAAACAGUUUUUCCUUGAAGACAUAAGAGUGGACAUUGUUUUGAACUCGUUUUUGAGGUGUAACCAUUGAUUGUUUUCAUUCUUCAGUGUAUUUUCUUAAAAGGUCUUCUUAUUCCUUCUUAUGUGGGUGAUUAAAGCCUAUAAAACAAAUGUUCAAAACAGAAAACAAUGUGAUAACUGAGGUAUUUGUGGUGAAAAAGGUUUAUGCUGGUUGUUUAUGUAUUAAAACCAUGCUGUGUAGCUUUUAAGGGAGUGUU